UCUUGUUUAGGGAACUUUGAGUAGUGAUCGUUGUGGCAUAAAGGAGAGUCGCCACUUUUUUGUUUGCAUUCAGUGUUUUCGUGGCAAACAAUUAAACAUAGGGGGACCAUAAAGAUACUCACAAAAGCAGUUGAAAAAACAUUAAAUUUCCUCUGAAAAAUAUUGUGGCAAAAGAGCUGUUUUAGUGAAAGAAACAGGGAGCAAAACCUCAAAAGAACGAAACCCAAGAACUAAUAAAGAAGCAGACCAGCUUCGAUGGCGCUCUCUGACGCAACAAUGUCAAACGACAGUAAUGUAAAUUACACCUCAAAUGACGAAAUGGACUCUCAUUCCCAAGAAGACUUUGAUGUAAUCAUAGCUAUCUUCGUUAUCCUGUGCACGAUUGGGCUAUCUAUAAUUGUUAUCAACGGCUUCGUCAUUUAUCUUGUGUGUACCAGACAGUAUCUGAAGACAGUGACCAACUUCUGCCUGGCAAGCCUGGCGAUAUCCGAUAUGUUAUCGGGUUUGUAUGCAGUACCACUCAUUAUCGCCUGUACCACCCAUAAUAACUAUUAUAUCUGUGUGGCUAUGGACUUGGGGCAAAGAUUCCUCUCGAUAUCAACCGUGCUCCACCUACUCUUGAUAACAUUGGAGAGAUAUUUUACAAUUGUGUUCUCGGUCAUGAGAACUACGUCAGUCAUCUCCAAGAAAACCUGCGUGGCAAUUCUGUUGGUAGUCUGGUUAACCUCACUCUGCGUCUCACUCUCCCAAAUCUCAUUCAUGCGCGAUCCAAUGAAAGCACCAAGCCAAAGCCAAAUCACCUACGAUUUUGUUUGCCUGGCGGUACUAGCCGUUGUUCCUCUAGUGAUAAUGGGAGUGGCGUACUUCCAUAUUUUCUACACUCUAAGGAAACACUGCGAGCAAAUAAAGCGCGACGUAUCUCAUAUUUCUUCGCAGUGCACGCAACACAACUCCAAAAAAGAACGGAAAGCCCUGCUUAUCUACAGCGCAAUGAUUUGCGUUUUCAUCGUGGGAUGGUUCAACUAUUUUUUCAAUUCGUUGCAAGAGGAUUUAGGCAAUAGGGUAGGGAUCCCAUUAUGGGCUGAUGUAAUUUUAUUGAUUUUGAGGUUUAGCACUGGUCUCCUAAACCCACUGUUGUACACCUUUCUCAAGCAGGAUUUUCGGCGAGCCAGAAAAUCAAUUUGCUCUUCGAGAAAACGUACUGGAUGGUAUCGUCGAUCCACAUUUACAUCUUCGUUUUCCACCAGAAAAACAGGCCUUUCUUCUAACUCAUUUGCCGAGUCUCAACAAAUGGCGUCUUCUCUUUAAAACGUGCGGAUUAUUGAAACACACUCUCGCGACUCAAUCGUUACCUUUUACUAACUACAUAAUGUGCCACAGAGUGGAACAAAAAGAAUUGAUGGGUGAAUUCAAACCACAUUUGGACUAUCAUCAAAAUGAUGUGCGUAACGUAGUGUUUUUUCAAGGUGCGCAAUGGACGAGCCCAAUCUAGGGGAUAGCCCCUCUCCCCCUGACAGGAAGAAGUGUGCCCCAAGCUGACGAAACCCAGCCUAAUGCACGCCCUAGGAAACACGGAAGGGAGGAAAAAGCGGACGCGCGAAAAAUGGGGUAAGAGGAGGUAAAAAAAAAACUGAUGGAGCCGUAACUACCGUUUAACGCUAGUGCUCUGUUUCGUUCGUUUCCAAUUACGCAAAAAAAUUGCAAAUGAGCUUGCAUUUCAGUAAUUACAAGCAUCAGGGAUUGUAGAGAAAGAAACUGUUUACAACACAGAUGUUACACACCAGGUAGAAAAAACACUUGUAACUAUCAUAAAAUUUGAACUACAAAUAUGUGAAGUUAAUUCACUUACUGAGUCCGGGAAAAAUCCUUUCUUUGCAUAUGAUAUCAUUUCUAUGAAGUCAUCACAAAUGUACCUUGAUUUUUCCAUAUAUUCUUCCUACUUAAACUGAAUUUAAGUACUUAAAUUACAUAAAACUUUUAAUGAACCGUAAACAAAUAAUUGCAAAGUGAAUUUAAUGGAAUAAAAUGUUGAUACUGCCAACUAAAGCAAAGGAGGCUAUGACCGUCUACCGUAGCCAUGUAACAAGGUUUUAGAAGUCUACAAAGCUGUUGUUGUAAAUCUCUUAUUCCCAAGUCCUAAUAUAAAGUUCUCCCCAGAAGCUUCCAUACCUAUUCUUGUAAAUUCAUAAGGAGAAAUUUUUGUUAAACCAUAAGAGCACCUCAAAUCCUCACUGUGAUUAAGUUAACUUUUAUUCAUGAGUUGUUUGUUAAAUGUGAUUUAAUUUUGCAAAAACAAGUAACAUUGUUUUAAUGCAUAAACUCCCUCUUCUUAAUAAAAUCCCUUUCUGGGAGUAAAAGGUCAAUUGUUCUCAUGUUCACACUUCAAAAGGAUGGAAAUGAAUGCUAACACCAGGAAAGCUUGAAAAAAUGUUGGACUUUAAACUGAUUCUAGGUUGAAAUAAAUUCAGGGGUAAAGUAAUGUAUCUAGAACAGAAGGAAAUUUAAACCAAACAAGUUUAAAACCUUGAUGACCUGAUAUUUGUUUUGAGUAACAAUAUGAUUUUCAAGUCUUCCUUUUAAGCUGGAUUUCAAAUGUUCAAUAUAACUACCAUACUGUGCUACUCUUACGAAUUCACAUAUCAUGGUAGGAAUUACCAGUAGAUUUUAUGAUUAGGAUGAAGUUUUCUCUUGACCUCAGGGUGUGGAUCAAAAGGGUAAUGCCUUAUUGGGUUCCAGAAGGCCAUCAGUUCAAUACCCAUCUUGCAGACUCAAAUUUUCUUGGUUUAAAGCUUAAGUUUAUGUGAAAGAUACCACAGACAUUCCAAUCCUAUUCUCCUUUAAUUAUAGAUAGUUUAGCUACUUGCAAUGGA